AUGCUUGAUUUGGUCACUGAUGUGGACUUCAUGGAGAUGAUGCCAAACACACCCGUUCUGGCCCCAAAGGAGACACACAGCACCGACUGCAAUGGACUGUACCAGGACUUGACACCCAUCCACGCGCUCGACAUCUCGACAGCUCGAUCGAAUGACUUUUACGCGCUGUCGUCGAGCACCGCGUCUCCAGUGAACUCCAGCAGCGGGAAACCCAAACGCAAACGGGUGAUCAGCAGCGUCCAGCGCCAGGCCGCGAACAUCCGCGAGCGCAAACGGAUGUUCAGCCUCAACGACGCGUUCGACCGGCUGCGCAAAAAGGUUCCCACGUUCGCCUACGAGAAGAGACUUUCGCGGAUAGAGACUCUGCGCCUGGCCAUCAUCUACAUCGCCUUCAUGACGGAUAUUCUCGAGAACAACUGA